UAUUAUAGCUCUCCCCACCCUUCCCCCUCCUUACCCUUCCAUUAAUUACCUUUCUCUCAACCCAUCCAAACAGAGUGUUAAGGGGGAGGGGGGGAAGAAAGGGUACACCUAUAAAUAGUAGCUUUGAUGAACGUACUAAAAUAAACUUAAAUUAUCCCUAUACUCAUCCUCCAUUAAAGAACACAGCUUUCUUUAAUUUUUCUUUUUCCAUGGAGACAAAACCCACGUUAGAUAUUCACCUUCCUCCUGGAUUUAGGUUCCAUCCAUCAGAUGAAGAGCUUAUAGUUCACUACCUGAAGAACAAAGUUGCUUCAAGAACCCUUCCUGCUACUAUUAUUGCUGAAUUAGAUCUCUACAAGUAUAACCCAUGGGACUUACCGAAGAAAGCUUUGUUUGGAGAUGAUGAAUGGUAUUUCUUUACACCAAGAGAUAGAAAGUACCCUAAUGGAGCAAGACCCAAUAGGGCAGCUGCUUCUGGUUAUUGGAAGGCAACUGGGACUGAUAAACCAAUUCUUACAUCACGUGGGACUCUAAGUAUUGGUGUCAAGAAGGCUCUUGUCUUCUACAAAGGUCGUCCUCCGAAAGGAAUUAAGACAGAUUGGAUUAUGCAUGAAUAUAGAUUGCUUCAGACAACAGUGGCGUAUAAUCCUAAAAGAAAAGGUUCCAUGAGGCUAGAUGAUUGGGUGCUUUGUCGAGUUAGACAAAAAAGCAGUCUUCCAAGAAGCACCUGGGAAGAUCGAAAUAAUCCUGAAGGGUACUUGCCAGAGGUGAAUGAAACCAAAAUUGAGACAAUCAAAAACUAUCUAUACAGCGAUUGUCCGAUGUUACCUUACAUUUUUGCCUCGCAGAAUCUUUCUUGCAUUGAAAAAGCAUCAAGCAUCUGCUUACAGAGUAGUGAUUAUUACCCUGAUACUAUUGACACUGAUCAUUUCGAGGUUACUUCUUACGAUGUAGAUACUGAUCAGCAAGAAAAUUUUGCUACAACUGUUAGUAAAAAUGGAACUGAUAUGAACUUUUAUGGAUUGAUAAACAACCAGUCAAACGUUAGCAAUUUCAAUUGUGAUCCAUGGAAUUCUCAUAUGCAAUGUCAAGACUAAAGAGCUUGAUCACUUGGCCUUAAAAAGGAAGUGAAUCUAUCAACAAAGCUGGGGGUAGCUGUGUAUAUAUGAUCAUAUGUCGAUUAAUUAUUAGCUAAUGCACCCGUAUAUAUAAUAUAUACAUAUUUUCCUACCAAAACAUAGAUAUGAUGUUCCUUUUCGUCAUUUACUGUAUUUGUAUAAUAUGUAUAUUUUAUAAAGAAAACUUGAUCAUCGGA